AUGGAAAAUUUACCAUUAACAAGCAAUGUUCGAAAAAAUGAUCUCCCUAAUAAGCCUUCUACAUCCUAUCAGGCUGUUAAACAGGUCAAAAAGUUAACUGAAAGAAAUGUGGGAAUAAGUUCGGACGAUGAUAUGAUAGACAUUACAACAUCAGGAACAAUGACUGAACGUACUUUAAAUCAGAGAUCACCUAUAAAUUUACCAGGUUCUGGCGAAACUGAGGAUAUUCCUGGAAUUGGUCAGUAUGAAGAUUUUCAUACAAUUGAUUGGCAGCGAGACAUUGCAAGAGAUCGGAUGAGACAUAGAUAUAUACUAAGACGCAAAAAAAAUUCAUUUAUUGAUCUAAUUAAAUCAGCUCACGAUGCAUGGUCUGGCUGGCUUUGUGUACUAUUGGUGGGACUUGUGACUGGAACUGUUGCAGCAAUAAUUGACAUUGGAACAUCGUGGAUGUCAGAUCUAAAAUUCGGUAUUUGUCCUCAAGCAUUUUGGUUAAACAUGGAACAAUGUUGUUGGUCGUCAAAUGAAACUUCAUUCGAGCUAGAUAAAGGAAACUGUUCACAAUGGUUUUAUUGGUCCGAAAUAAUGACUUCUUCAAACUAUGGACCUUUUGCCUACAUUGUAUCAUAUUUAUUUUACAUUGCUUGGGCAUUACUAUUUGCAGCCCUUGCUGCUGGUUUAGUUAGAAUGUUUGCCCCCUAUGCAUGUGGAUCAGGUGUCCCAGAGAUAAAAACAAUUUUAAGUGGCUUUAUAAUUAGAGGAUACCUAGGAAAGUGGACUCUACUGAUAAAAUCUGUUGGAAUAAUGAUGUGUGUUUCGGCUGGUCUCAGCUUGGGUAAAGAAGGACCUAUGGUACAUAUAGCUUCAUGUAUUGGUAAUAUUUUAUCAUAUUUGUUUCCUAAGUAUGGCCGGAAUGAAGCUAAAAAGAGAGAAAUAUUAUCAGCAGCAGCAGCCGCUGGGGUUUCUGUUGCUUUUGGGGCUCCAAUUGGUGGAGUCCUUUUUAGUUUAGAAGAGGUUAGCUAUUAUUUUCCAUUGAAAACUUUAUGGCGUUCAUUCUUUUGUGCUCUCGUUGCUGCAUUUGUGCUUAGUUCAAUCAAUCCAUUUGGCAACGAACAUUCUGUAAUGUUCUAUGUGGAAUAUCACAGGCCAUGGAUGUUUUUUGAACUUAUACCAUUUAUUGGAUUGGGAAUUAUUGGAGGUGUGAUUGCAACAGUUUUUAUCAAAUGCAAUAUUAAAUGGUGUCGUUUUCGUAAAACCUCCAUUCUCGGACAAUAUCCAGUCAUGGAAGUAUUAUUACUCACAGCUGUAACAGCAAUACUCUCAUAUCCCAAUCCAUAUACACGUAUGGGAACAAGUCAAUUAAUUUAUCUUCUUUUUAGCCAAUGUGAUGUAUCUAGUAAUGAUGGUUUGUGCGAUUAUACAAACGACAAAGCAAAUGUAGCUGGACCCGGGGUGUACACAGCUAUGUUACUUCUGUCGAUGGCAUUUGUAUUGAAAUUAGUCACUACAAUUUUUACAUUUGGCAUAAAGGUGCCUUGUGGUCUGUUCAUCCCGAGUUUGGCUAUGGGCGGUAUCACUGGCCGUAUUGUUGGUAUUUUGAUGCAACAAUUAGCUGCUAAACAUCCCCAUUUAUGGUUUUUUGACAAUAGUUGUGGAUUACCUGGCCAAGAAGGCUGUAUUACUCCUGGCUUGUAUGCCAUGGUAGGCGCUGCUGCUGUUCUAGGAGGAGUAACCCGAAUGACUGUUUCGUUGGUAGUCAUUAUGUUUGAAUUGACCGGUGGUGUGAGAUACAUAGUUCCGUUGAUGGCAGCUGUCAUGGCUAGCAAAUGGGUUGGUGAUGCACUGGGCAAGGAAGGAAUGUAUGAUGCUCAUAUUCAAUUAAAUGGUUAUCCGUUUUUGGACAGUAAAGAAGAUAUUGUUCACACAGCUUUGGCAGCUGAUGUUAUGCAGCCUCGACGAGCCGAGAAUUUGAACGUUCUCACUCAGUCUUCAAUGUCACUAGAAGAUACCGAAAUAUUAUUAAAAGACACUGAACAUAAUGGAUUUCCGGUUGUGGUUUCACGAGAAUCUCAAUAUCUUGUUGGAUAUGUGUUACGAAGAGAUUUGCAAUUGGCAUUAGAAAAUGCAAAACGAACCAUUGAUGGACUAUUACCUGAAUCUUUAGUUCUCUUUACUGACAUAACCCAACAAGUAAUGCCGCCACCCUUAAAAUUAAAAAAAAUUCUGGAUAUGGCCCCAAUUACAAUUACCGAUCAAACGCCUAUGGAGACUGUGGUUGAUAUGUUCAGAAAAUUAGGACUUCGACAAACAUUGGUUACACACAACGGGAGGCUUUUGGGAGUAAUAACAAAGAAAGAUAUUUUACGUUACAUUAAACAGGUUGAUAAUGAAGAUCCCAGUUCUGUACUCUUCCAUUGA